AUGACAAAACAAACGUUGAUUAAUACUCAAAAUUCAACAUUAGAGCAACAAGAAGAUUUAUUAGAUCCAAAUGAUGAAAAACAAAGCAUUUGGGCAUCCAUUUUACGUGACGUAAAAUCAUCUACUAAAAAAGCACCAGCUACAAAAUCGAUAAUUGUUUUGGGCGAUAAUGAAAGUGGUAGGACAACAUUAGUAGCAAAAUUACAGGGUAAUGAUGAUCCAAAAAGAGGUGCUGGAUUAGAAUAUCAUUAUAUUGAUGUUAGAGACGAUGAUACAGACGACACCCCAAAAUUAGGUGUAUGGAUUUUGGAUGG